CUCAGCAAAAAUGUUGUGGAAACUUCUGAUUGCUGUUAGCUCUAUUUUGAGCCGACCUUUCAAUCAUUCUCCUCCAACUCCUCUAGGACCUCAAAGUGCAUACGAAAGACAGCUCGCCUAUAAGGCAUUUUAUGGAGACCAUGGAGAACCAAUGAUUGAAGAAGCUGGCUUGAAGGAUAAUGACACCCGUUGGCAUGGGUACCCAGGCAAUCCAGUGGUUCCCUACGUACUGGAUAGAAGUUUAGAUCAAUCAAUGAAAGACCUAAUUAAGGACGCUAUUGAACAGUACCACCAGAAUACAUGCAUUAAAUUCAAAAUCAGAACCAAUGAACCAGACUAUGUUAAUAUAUUCGCAGGUCGUGGCUGUUACUCGAAUAGUAUUGGAAAGAGAAAGUAUGGUGGCCGUCAAGAUGUAUCUCUCGGUCUGGGAUGUGGGUUCAUCGGUACUGUUGUCCACGAAUUGGGACAUGCCAUCGGCUUGAGCCACGAGCACAGCAGAUCUGACCGGGACCUCCACAUCACUGUAUAUAAGAACAACAUCGCUCCAAAUAGAAUAGGCCAGUUCAAUAUAACCGAUCCCAAGAUUGAAUUUAAGACAACCCGGUACAAUUGCGAAUCUAUCAUGCACUAUGGGGAGUACGCUUUCUCCAUCAAGCCUCAGGUACUGAAGUCCAUGGAAGCGAAGGAUGGAAAGACAAAACUUCUGGAACCUUACGACAAGGCAGGUCUCACUAACACCGACAUCCAAAUGGUCAAAGAUUUGUAUGACUGUAAAUAG